CUGGAGCGAGGCUUGGAAAUCAUCUUGACUUCUAAAACUUCUGGAUCUCAUGGCAUAUUUUACAGCCAUGUUUGGUGCUGCAAUUCUUUUGGGAUUCAUCAACCUUUUAAUGGCAAAAGAAGAUACGUGUGAUCUCUAUGCCACUCCUGGGCAGAGUCUGACUCUGCCGCUUGCAUAUGAACGACUGACAAACUCUCAUAUCCUGAGAUGGGUUCAUAACAAUACAGUCAUUUUCUACAGGCAAGGGAAAGUGUCAACUGGAAAACCAGAGGACAUUACUUCAAAUGGAUCACUCGUGCUUAAGAAAAUUCUGUUUUCAAGUCAAGGGAUUUACAAAGGACAUGUACUGCAUCCCAAUAAUGCAUCUGCUAAAACAUGGACUGGGCGCCUCUGCGUGCUGGACAAAGUAUCAAAACCUCAGCUCAGUUAUUCUUGUGACUUCAGCUCUAUGGCUGUUAAUCUUAAUUGCCAUGUUACUAAACCUGAGGGUUUGGUGUUUUCAUGGACGCUUGAUAAGGAGACAUUAAAAAGUGAAACAAAACAAACACUGAGCAUAUCUUUUAUCGAUCUGAAAGCUGAGAGAAGUUUCACGUGUGAUGUGGCAAACAAAAUCAGCAAGGCGAGUAGCGACAAGGUUCGGCCGACUUGUCCACCUUUACUUUCUUUUAAACGUCAAACUGUAAUGGCAGUGCUAGCAGGAGGAGGAGGUCUGAUUCUUUUUCUGCUCUUCGUUAUCGUUGGAUUGUGCUGUUUACUCAGACGCAACAAAAGCCAAACGAGUCCCAGGGAUAAAGGCGAACUGCGGAUGCUUUCUCUACAGAAGCAGGAGACUCACUCUGUAAGCCCAGAACACAAGAAUAACCACCCAACAGAGGUUGUCACUCCACCGCUGAUACCUCAGCCUUCACCAAGAACAUAUUACCAGAAUGUUCCUCAGCUUGAAGUUCAGACUGAAAACAGCCCUUCACUCAUGUAUGAAGUUCCUGACAGACCACAGCCUUCACCUGUACCGAAACCAAGGACCAGGAACCUCCAACAAGUAAACACCUGACAUCACAAUGAGUUUUCGGAGUGGUGACCAAAAAUAGUGUUUGUGGAAAAUGUCCUUAUUAUCUUUGCCCACCCUCGUUCUUACUAUUUGGUUUUGCAGGUCUUUAAGCUAAAACUUAAAAUAACAAAAUAUUUAUUUCCUUUUCAAUUCAAUGUUAUGUGAUUAAAUCAACGUGUCAUUACUGACAGUCUUAGCUGUUAUAUCACGAAUGAUCUAAUUCCAGAGGUAAUUCAGUCUGACGAUGUAAGCAACUAGUCAUAAUUGAUAUCAUAGAAAUGAUGCAUAAUGCUUGUAAUAUUCUGUAAUUCUCCUGCUGUUAGGCACUCUCACGAAAAGGUACUUCAAGCUUACUAAAUCAUUUUAGAAUUUUUUUUUUUAGAUUUAUCAAACAGAAGUGAACUGUUGGGACUUACACGGUAUUUAUGUAUGUAUUUUUCUUUAGCAACGCAGGAAUAGCAACUGUUCUAUUAAUAGAUCUAGGACAAAAGUGGUUUAUAUCAGCAUUAGGCUACACAGACAGUAACUACUAGCAUAAAUUCAUCCACUGGUUUUAUCUUUGAAAUGAGGAGAACAUUGCCAAAAGCUGUGGCAUGAGAUUUAUUAUUAUUAGGCUUUCAACAAGAGGAAUGACCUCUUCUGUCAAAGAAAUGACCAGUCACCAUUUGACCUACUUCUGAAAUCGUUUAAAAAAAUAAAAAGGAUACCCCACUUGCACAACACUAUUACAUGAAAGCAGAUGGAUUUUCUGUUACAUGUAAACAUAAUGUGCGCUUACAAACUGUAUGUGUUGUU